CUUUUCCCCAACUUUCACCCAGCUAGCUUGCGCUGCCUUUCACAACUCACCUAUUCCCUCUAAGCUUUACCCUUUGAGAACGUGCAAUUUCCCAAGCAAUAGUUCACCUCGCUUAAAUCCCACCUGGCCAACGCAAUGAAAGAACACGCAGCACACUGGCAGCGCACACUGCUAGGCGCGGAGAUCUGGAACGACGUGGAGACGCGGAACCAGCCUGCCAACGACCUCAUUGAUACGGUGCACGACCAAACCCUCCACACCCGUUUCCCGUUCAACCUUGUCCGUGAGGAAACCAGCCGUGCCCGGUCACUUACUGCUGGAGCUGGAGCUGGUGACGGAGCUGGUGCCGGUGCUCCUUCCCCCGACGUGGUUGACAGCAACAACACUACUUCUCCCGACAAGCCGCGGCGCCGUCGCCGCUACAGCAUGAGCGACGUCUUCACCAGAAUCACCGCAUCAAGCACCGCAGAGCUGACACUGACCAUGGCCGGAUCACGCAAGGCAGAGCGUGCGAAGCGUUCGCGCUCCGAGAGCCGGAGCUCCCAGCAGCAGUCAGCGCAGCAGCCAUUCAGCCGCUCCUCCAGCACAGCGUCCAACAGGAACAACCAAAGCACCACCUCGCUCCUUCGCUCUGCACUCAAUCUUAUGAGCCGUAAGAGAAUGGAGUCCGGCGAGGAGCAGAUGCCGAUGCCGGUGUCCGCGGAAACUGCAGCAGCCGGGGAAGUCAGACACCAUCCCCAUCCUCAACAUCAACAGCAUGCACGGCAACCCCAGCUACAACGUCCACCCAUCAACCUCUUCACAGCCGAGCAAGCGACCCCGACCAACCCGCUCCUGGAAUUCCGCGGCGGCGAGACCUGGGCUCGUUUCCCGCAGAACCGACGUUCGUUAGGGAUCGAUGUCUACUUGCCUAUUAACACAUCAUCUACCACCACCGCUGCAGCAGAGUCCACCGCGCAGACGGAAGACCAGAACAACGGAGAGGCAAAACAGGAGGAAGAAGACGAAGACGAAGAAGUAGAGGAGCAAGUCGAGAUCCUCGCGCUGGAGCAACUCUUCCCGCUCAUCCACUUCCGCCACCUCCGCUCCCUCAAGAUCACAGGCAUGGUGCAGUCGUACCAGAAGUACAUCUGGCAAGCGGCGUGGCUGAACACGGGCCUCGAGGAGCUGGAGCUCAGCAUGGUCUGCCAGCCGCGCCUCCGCCGGUCCUUUACCGGGAUCUGGCCAUGCAUCAAGGGCGGCUGGACGAUGAAUCCCACCCAUUACAGUGCCCCUGUCUACUACGGCACCGGCGCCGGCACCCUCCCCCGCACCAUCGGCGAAGGCGAAUACCUGGACAAACUAGCCCUGGAGAAAGCCAAGGUCUGCGCGAUGGUGCAGGGCCCCACGCGCAACCGGCUCUCGCUCCGCACCCUGACGCUGACGGGCUUCGUCGUCGACGCCGACCCCAUCCUGCUUUGGUUCGACCCCACGCGGCUCAAGUGCCUGCACUUUAAGGACUUCUGCGUCGACGCCGGGUUUUAUCUCUGCGAGGCCAUGCACCGCGUCUCCGUGCUGUUCCCCCGCCUGCUGGUGCAAGAGGGGGAAGAGGCCGUCGUCGCGCGCCGCGUGAAUCUGCGGAAGGAGCUGAAGGUUGUGCAGCUGCGGGGCGGACGGAAGGCCGGGGAGAUGCCGUAUACUGGGCCGAAGUGUUUGCGGGAGGUGGUUCCGGAGGGGCGGGAGGGGCGGGAGGGGCGGGAGGGGGCUGAGGAAGACGGGGUUGGGGUUGGUGAUGCUCCUGCUCCUAUCGCUGCUCCUGCCGAGUAAGUGUAAAGGAUCAGAAACGAAGAACUAGGACUAGGACUGCUCGGCGAUGCAUUUCUGGCAAGUCAACACCUUGAUUUCUUUCCCGAGCGAGCGGGAGUCAGUAUUCUUGGGGGCGUUUCUUCUGGUGGUCAGCUGUGUUCCUGCUCACAGUCCUUCAUUUUCAGCAAAAUUCGCUGACGAUUCUCUUUUACUUUCCUAUGAAUUGGCUUGGCGCAAAAAAGGUGGCGAGUUACGAAAAUAGCAUGGAUCCCGGAUGGACGAGUCUAAAGAUUGGUAAUGUCUAAUGGUGCGAAUACUGGGUUUAAUGGCAAUAGGGGAGCUGGAAUGUGUAAUCAUAGUGAGAAUGUAAUUUGGAAACCAUAAUGAAAAUGUAAUCAAU